AUGAGAUAAUAAAAGGUUGGUCUAUUUUCUUAAAGUCAAGUAUAUGUUAAAGACAUAUGUGAACCCCUAAAUAUUUUGGAAUUCCUAGAUGAUUAAGUGAAUCAAAAUUUGGGUCAUCCUUUAAAACUGGAAAAUUUGAAAAUAUCAAAUAAAAGCUGCUAAAAAGAAAAUUCUCACUAAAGUAGACAUUAAUAGUAACAAUCUAGCUUAUAGUAAAAAGAGAAAUUAAAUAAAGUCCAUAUGGAUCAGGAUGGGCAAAUAAAGUUUUAGAGAAACAAUUUGGAGUUUAAUUAUCUUAAAUAACACAAAGAAAAUAGCCAAAAUGGAUUCUAAAAAAAUUGAAACCUUCUGAUAGCAAUGAUAGCAAGUAAUAAAAUUCAAGAUUAAUAAAUGUAUUUGAGCGUUAAUUUUUUAGGAUAUAAAAUCUCAAGAAGAAGGGUAAAGAAAAACUGCUUCUAAAUCAAAUGAGAGAAGAUUUGAUAAAAUAAUUAAGGGUCAUUAGAAAUCGUUUAGUGGUGUUAGAUACUCUUUGCCUAACUUUGAUAUUAAUUUCUUUGACAAAAUUGAUUAAUAAAAUUUAUGA